CCUUACUUCCCCCAAAUCCCCAGAGAAAUCUCCCCCAAUCCCUCGCCGCCGCCGCCUCCUCCGCCGCGAUGUCUCGCCGCUACGACAGCCGCACCACGAUCUUCUCGCCGGAGGGCCGGCUGUACCAGGUGGAGUACGCGAUGGAGGCGAUCGGCAACGCCGGGUCGGCCCUCGGCAUCCUGGCGGCCGACGGCGUGGUCCUCGUCGGCGAGAAGAAGGUCACCUCCAAGCUCCUCCAGUCCUCCCGAUCCGCCGAGAAGAUGUACAAGAUCGACUCCCACCUCGCCUGCGCCGUCGCCGGGAUCAUGUCCGACGCCAACAUCCUCAUCAACACCGCCCGCCUCCACGCCCAGCGCUACUCCCUCUCCUACCAGGAGCCCAUCCCCGUCGAGCAGCUCGUCCAGUCCCUCUGCGACACCAAGCAGGGCUACACCCAGUUCGGGGGCCUGCGCCCCUUCGGCGUCUCCUUCCUCUUCGCCGGAUGGGACAAGAAGCACGGCUUCCAGCUCUACAUGAGCGACCCCUCAGGUAACUACAGCGGCUGGAAGGCCUCCGCCGUCGGGGCCAACAGCCAGGCCGCGCAAUCCAUGCUCAAGCAGGACUACCGCGACGGCAUGACCCGCGAGGAGGCCGUCGCCCUUGCCCUAAAGGUCCUCAGCAAGACCAUGGAUUCCACUAGUUUGACAGCAGAGAAGCUGGAGCUGGCCGAGGUCUUCCUGCAUCCCGGCACUGGGGAAGUGCAGUACCAGGUCUGCACCCCAGAUGCCAUGGGAAAGCUGCUUGCCAAGGCUGGGCUCACGCAGCCGGCACCUGAGGCCUGAUGUGCUGGUUUGAUGUGGCUUGUGAUGUCUACUCUGCUCUUAGAUGGCUUAAUCAGUUAUUAUGCUUUUUCUGUUGUUUAAACCAAACUAUUCGAUGGUUACGUGUUUUAAUUUGAUGCCAAACAUGCUUGAACGGUUAAUCAUAUUUGCUUUAUCUGAUGCAUUGUGGUGAAUUUGGUCCCA